AAAUGAUUGUAAACCACAAAAUCCAAAUCUUUGUUGAACAAAAUUCUUUACAAACAGGCAUUCUUUAUUGCCCUCUCACGUCUAGGUACACCCCUCCCCCCACAUAAUUAAGUCCAUGGAAGAAAUCUCGAAGAAGCGCCAUGGUCUCUCUGGCAGUGUGAGGUGUGGCGCCAUCUUGAUGAAAUUACGUAUGCGAACUAAAGGCAGGAUGUUUUGAUAAUUGCAAAAAAU